GCUGCGGUUUGGCUACGUUGGCUGCAGCAAUGAGAGCUCUGACGCGGGGAAGGUUGAGGCAAUCCGAGCGUCAUCAGUUGUCCUCGUGAGUAUAUAAACAGAAGUAGAGUACAAUUAUCAGCAAAUUCAGUGCAUUUUGACUUGCAAUCGAGGGAGCAAAGUUAGAAACAGCAAGUUUAGUCAUAACACCCGACAAUACCCGUCAAAAUGAGCUACCCAGAGAAGUUUACUGGCUUCUGCACCGCAGGGCCUAGCUCGUGGAACAAAUUCACCAAAGAAACUCUCACGCCGAAACCCUUCGAAGAUCACGACAUUGAUGUGCAGAUCGAAUGCUGCGGUGUCUGCGGGUCUGACGUCCACACUAUCACUGGCGGCUGGGGCGAAUACGAGGGUCCCCUGUGCGUCGGCCACGAGGUUGUUGGAAAGGCUGUCGCUGUGGGGAAGAACGUGAAGGAGAUCAAGGUGGGCGACAGAGUUGGUGUGGGUGCUCAAGUCUGGGCAUGCCUCAAGUGCGAGCAGUGCAAGAACCAGAAUGAGAACUACUGCCCUCACUUGGUCGACACAUACAACGCCAAGUACGAGGAUGGAAGUCAAGCACAUGGCGGCUUUGCCAGUCACAUUCGCGCUCACGAGUACUUCACCUUCAAGAUUCCCGAUGCGAUAAAAUCGGAAAAUGCCGGUCCACUGAUGUGCGCCGGUCUCACCACGUACUCACCUUUGGUAAGAGGUGGUGUCGGCCCGGGAUCCGUUGUCGCCAUCGUUGGUAUCGGCGGACUCGGCCACCUCGGUCUGCAGUGGGCCAAGGCACUCGGAGCGGAAGUCUACGCCGUUACCCACUCGCCGGACAAGGCCGAAGACUGCAAGAAGCUGGGUGCCAAGGAAGUCAUUGACACCAACAAGAAGGACUGGGCUAAGCCUUAUGCUUUCAAGUUCGACUUCAUGCUCAACUGCUCCGACAUGACCAACGAGUUUGACCUUCAGACGUACUUGUCCACUCUCAAGGUCGGCGGUCAUUUCCACAUGGUCGGCUUGCCAGACAAGCCUUUGCCUCAGUUCCCCGCAGGCCUCUUCGCCAGCAAUUCCGCCAAGAUGUCCGGGAGCCACAUCGGAAACAACCAGGAGAUGAACGCUCUGUUGAAGUUGGCCGCCGAGAAGGGCAUCUCACCUUGGGUUGAGACUAUUGAUAUUUCGGAGGAAGGAUGUAAGGAGGCUGUUGAGAGAGUGAAGGCGAACAAGGUUCACUACCGCUUUACCCUUGUCGGACACCAGAAGGCAUUCGGUACUGCUUGAGGCUUUACAAAAAGAGAAUAUAGAGAACGCGAAUAGAGACAUCAUACGACACCUUGCUUGCUAUCAUUUGAUUCGGACCU